UGUCUCAGCUUUUUCAAAGAAGAAAGCAAUUAAUACUUUUAUACUAUAAGAUAAGAAGGCUACAUAGGAGAAAGGUUUGGAAUUAGGAAGAAAGAACGAAGGUAUGGGAAGAUCACCUUGCUGUGACAAAGUUGGAGUAAAGAAAGGACCAUGGACUCCUGAAGAAGAUAUCAUGUUAGUGUCUUAUAUUCAACAGCAUGGUAGUUCUGGCUUUUGGAAGGCUGUUCCUACUAAUACAGGGUUACGCAGAUGCAGUAAGAGUUGUAGGCUUAGAUGGACUAAUUAUCUGAAGCCAGGGAUCAAAAGGGGUAACUUUACUGUUGAAGAGGAAAUGACCAUAAUCCAGCUUCAAUCUCUGCUGGGAAACAAAUGGUCAGUCAUAGCUUCUUACCUUCCUGACAGAACCGACAAUGACAUUAAAAAUUACUGGAAUUCCCAUUUGAAGAGGAAGCCGAGGAAGAUCCAAACAGGGCAGAAUAGUCAUUCCACAGAUGGAUGGAUCUCUUCUUCUUCUUCUUCUUCACACUCAAUCCCUAAAGGUAAGUGGGAGAGAAGUCUACAAACUGAUAUCGACAUGCCCAAACAAGCCUUACACGAGUCUCUGUCUUUAUCUUUAAAGAACAAGAAGCCAAGCUUUAUUGUACCUGCUGAUUUAAAGCCCAUACCAUCCCAAUCAUCAACAACACUCUAUCCAUUAAACAUUGACAACAUUGCUAGAUUGCUAAAAGGGUGGAUGAAAAAAACACCCAAACACGCUUGUAAAACACAGGCUAUUUCAGUUACUACUGAUCACCUUUCCUUCAAUUCCACAUCCAUCACUAGUGCUUCAAAUAUGUCUAGUACUAUUCUAAGUGCUACAACAAAGGGUAGUACUGGAAUUGAUUUAUGUGAGCCCUUUGAAUCUCUGUUUGGUUUUGAGUCAUUGGACUCAUCCAAUAAUAAUGCUGAUGUUUCUCAAUCCAUAACGCCGCCCGAAGAUAAUAUAUUUCAAUGUGAAAUGAAGCCAAAUCUGUGUGAGCAAGUGCCAUUUUCAAUGCCUGAGAAUUGGUUUCUUGAUGAAGGUCGUGCUGUUCAAGGGAAAGAAGAAGAGCUGAGUGACAUGGGACUAGAUGAAAACGUAGAUUUGUUUUAGGAGGGGUUCAUUUCUUUUGGGGGCUUUAUUUUGGUGUUACCCGAUAUUAAUUAUAUUGGAUGUUAAUCUUUUGUUGUAGGCCUUUGAGAUGGAAUUUUUUUGUGGCCGCGUAGAAAUUUAGUGCUUGAACAGUAGAAUAUUGGGCAUUAUUAAGCUAAUCUAUAUAUGCA